UCGUCCGUGGUUGAGCCAGCUAGCUGUCCUCCUGCGAGCUAAUCUCGAUUUUUUCCGGCGGCGACCCCAGCUUAUUCGGUUGAGCCUAUCUCGUUUCGACAAUAUGGUCGUCCGCGAUGUGCCGGAUCUUACGAGCGACUCGGCUUCGGGCGAGCAGGGCGGGGAGCCCCUGGGGUGCGACAUCCUGAUGAAGCACCCGCUGCAGCACCGGUGGAGCCUCUGGUUCUACAAAAAUGACAAGAACCGCAGCUGGGAGGAGAACCUGCUGGAGAUCACCUCCUUCGACACAGUGGAGGACUUCUGGGCACUCUACAAUCACAUCGAGGUGGCCAGCAAGCUGCCCCUGGGCUGUGACUACUCCCUCUUCAAGCACGGCAUCAAGCCCAUGUGGGAAGACUCGCGGAACAAGUCCGGAGGGCGCUGGCUCUUCAACCUGAACAAGAACCAGAGGACAGCAGACCUGGACAACUACUGGCUGGAAAUUCUGCUGUGCCUGAUUGGAGAGGGCUUCGACGAGUUCAGCGACGACGUGUGCGGCGCCGUGGUCCAGAUCAGGGCCAAGCUGGACAAGAUUGCCGUGUGGACGGCUGACGUGCGCCAUGCAGAGGCCAACAUCAAGAUUGGCAAAGUUUUGAAGGAGAGGAUAAACUUGCACCCUCGAGUCAUCGUUCCAUUUCAAGCUCACGCUGACACCCAGUCUAAACAAGGAUCCACGGCGAGGGCUAGAUAUCAAGUUUAACAACAAAUUAGGAAAAACAAAACAAGAAAAAUUGAAAUUUGGUUUAAAGGAGUUUGUGUGUGCAGAGAAGAAAUUCUAUGCAAGAAAGAAAAAGGAGCGUGGUGGUCAAGUGGUGUGCAUCUUGGACUUGGAAGUUUACUAAUUUCUUUUUUGUUGCCUUUUUUUUUUUUACACCGUGAAAAAAGAAAAAAAAAAAAGUGACUGGUGUUUGUCGAAUCUUUGUUGUUUGCUUUUAUUUGCAAAGUGUAUCAAAGAACGGGUCAUUUUGGAGUAUGUUCUGUUCAGUUUCUGCUCAGCAGGAAACUUAGCAGCCCUUUGUUUUAGUUUUCUUUUUUUUAAGUGUGAAUGAGAAUGGGCGCUUUAAGUUGCCCCCAGUGAACUGUGGGGGCUUCCGCACGGAUAAAUGGAAUGAGUGGCUACUUCGCUAUGGUUUUCCUUUCAUUUACUGCCAAGCCUGGCACAUUUCAUUUCCGAUCUUUGGUACGAAUUGUUUUGUAUGUUGCCCUGCUUUAUAUAGAAAUUAAAAUAAGCUUUUGUAUUAAAAAUAAAUACUUGUGAAAUGCCACCUUCUAUAAGGCUUGUGAUUUGUGAUAUAAUCUUUUUGUAGUUCUUUUUUUUUUGUGUGUAAAAAAAAUUAAGAUUGCGCUACUUUUGUAUUUUGUUACCAGCAUGAGCUGUAGUGCUACAACUUUCUUUUUCAAAUAAAGUAUUGGGAACGGCGA